GUGCAAAAUUGACUCAGCCCCAAAAUUCGUCAUUUCUUUAAGCCUUCUCCGUUUCCUUUUCGGGUUCUUCCCCAUUUUCGUCACUCCGGAACACUCUUUCAGAUUCGACACUGCCGCCACCGCCGCCGGCAACCUAUCCACCGGCGGCCAGAUCACCCGGUCGGUGACCCCUUCUCCCGCCGUUGAUUCUUCUCAUUCCUUCUGAAAUGAACACUCUCUGCUAAAUGAACAUCCUCUACUACCCUCGUCUCCGUUGCUUUCUCGUCCGCCAAACCCUAGUCUCCGCCUCUAUCGCCAACGCCAAAACCCUUGCCCGCCCUGCGUCCACUUCCCCCGGCCAAUCAUGGCUUUACGUUCCUGGAAAUCCCCUAGUCAAGUGGCCCUCAACGCUGCCUCUAAACCCCUCUCCUCCGGCUCCUGCCCCACCCUCAUCCCCCAAGCAGAAUGCCGGCCCCAAUCCCGCAUCCUCCCUCGAUGCGUUCAAGACAAUCUCCGACCUCCUCGCUGACCCAGCCCUCACUGGGGGCCCUCCUCUCGAGUCCGCCCUUGACCGGACUGGAAUUGAACCGGAUUCCGAUCUGCUACUGUCCAUCUUCCGCCACUUCGACUCAUCUCCCAAGCUGUUGCACAGUCUCUUUCUAUGGGCGGAGAAGAGGCCUGGUUUCUCGUGCUCCUCAGCCCUGUUCGAUGCUGUAAUCAAUGUCCUCGCCAAGUCGAGGGACUUCGAAUCCGCUUGGUCGAUGAUUCUUGAUCGUCUUGCGGGAACCGAACGGUGCGAAGAAAUGGUCUCGAUGAGCACCUUUGCAAUUAUGAUCAGACGCUAUGCUCGAGUUGGUCUGACACAACCCGCAAUUCGGACAUGUGAAUAUUCGCACACGGUAGACCUCGGACGCCAUUCUGAUGUGGAAACAAGUCUGCUCGAAAUUCUUCUGGAUUCCCUUUGCAAGGAAGGGCAUGUAAGGGCAGCUUCGAAGUACUUCUAUUACAGAAGGGACUCGGAUACUACCUGGAACCCGUCCAUUCGGGCCUACAACAUACUGCUGAAUGGUUGGUUUCAGUCGAAAAAAGUGAAGCAUGCUGAGAAGCUCUGGGUGGAGAUGAAACGGGAAAAUGUGAAACCGACUGUGGUGACGUAUGGCACAUUGGUGGAAGGGUAUUGCAGGAUGAGGCGAGCUGAUAGGGCGACGGAUCUGAUUCACAAGAUGAGGAGAGAAGGGAUUGAACUGAAUGCUAUCGUAUAUAACCCAGUAAUUGAUGCGUUGGGGGAAGCGGGGAGGUUCAAGGAGCUGUCGGGUAUGAUGGAGCGAUUCCUUAUUUGUGAGUCGGGUCCCACCUUAUCAACCUACAAUUCCUUGGUGAAGGGGUUCUGCAAGGCAGGAGAACUUGUUGAAGCAAGUAAGACACUUAGGACGAUGAUUAGUCGGGGUUUUACACCUACUCUAACCACUUAUAAUUACUUCUUCCGGUAUUUCUCGAAGUCUGGGAAAAUCGAAGAGGGGAUGAAUCUUUACACAAAGAUGAUCGAAUCAGGGUAUAACCCUGAUCGCCUCACAUACCAUCUGCUACUAAAGAUGCUCUGUGAAGCGGAAAGACUUGAGUUGGCCCUGCAGCUUAGCAAGGAGAUGAGGAGUCGCGGCUUUGAUAUGGACUUGGCUACGAGCACCAUGUUGGUUCAUUUGCUCUGUAAAAUGUACAGAUUCGAUGAGGCUUUUGCAGAGUUUGAGGACAUGAUAAGGAGAGGAAUAGUUCCUCAGUGCCUUAGCUUCCAGAGAAUGAAUGACGAAUUGAAUAGGAAUGGAAGGACAGAGAUGGCACGCAAAUUGCAUGAGAUGAUGUCCUCUCUUCCACAUUCAGCCAAGUUGCCAGAUUCCUACAGAGGAGAUGGGAAUGCAGCACGAGUGAGGAAAUCAUCUAUCAUGCGAAAGGCUGAAGCAAUGUCUGAUAUCUUGAAAACUUGUAAUGAUCCGAGAGAACUCGUUAAGUGCAAAAGUUCCAUUAAGAAUUCUGUGUCGAGGGCAAACAAAUUGAUAGAGGAGUUGAAGAAAAGGAGGAAACAGGAAAUGAACUCGUAGGUAAAACUUAAUUAAGUGAAAUUCUGUAACCAGGGCUCGGCUUUAUGUGUGAUGAGCUUGAACACACUACAACCAGGCAAUCAAUGUAACAUGCAUGAAGCAGCUAUUCGAACAAAAACUUCAAUUUGACUACCAAGGGUCGUCAUUUGAAAUAUCUUUGCUUGUAAAGGAUUGCCAUCUUCCCGGGUCAGUUACUUAUUCUUCUUUUUUCAAUAUUUCGAGUUGUCUCUUUUCAAAAUUGUGAUAUUUGAUGUGGGAUGUGUUCACCUCUGCCAGCAUUUCCUCGAUCAAGUCCCAGUUAUGCCACAACUUGUGAGCCUCUGUUCGAGCUGUGUGAGGAAAUUUGUACAAAAUCCAGAUUUGGUCCAUCACCUUGAUGUGGGACGUGGUCGGGGCAUUGCAUCAAUGCUUCUUGUUAUCAGUUCAUGAAGUCCUCCUGAUGAAUGGAGCCAGGAAUUAAGUAGGCCAGCGAAAAUAUCAAAUAUGACCUGAAAAGGCAUUUAAGCUUGACGAGGUCAGUCAUAGCUGUCGGUAUCGAACUAAAGAUCCAACUGUUGAGAUUUUAAGUGGAUCCAGGCAUCUGUGUGUGGUUAAUAUUGUGUGGUUAAUAUACACAGGCUGGUGAAAUUGAGACACAUUUUCCUGGAGCAGGCUGGUCCCAUAGGUGAACUUUCAGCGCGCGGGCUAUGCCACUUCACUUGAAUAAUGGUGAAAACCAGCUUUGUCCAAA